AUGGGGAACAAACAGACAAUCUUCACAGCGCAGCAGCUAGACGCCUACCAGGACUGCACUUACUUCACAAGAAAAGAAAUUCUCAGACUGUUUUAUCGGUACCGUGACCUGGCUCCACAGCUCGUUCCUCUCGACUACACCAAUAACCCAGAUGUGAAGCUACCAUACGAACUGAUUGGCAGCAUGCCCGAGCUGAAGGACAACCCUUUUCGACAAAGGAUUGCUGAGGUUUUUUCUGAAGACGGUGAAGGAAACAUGACCCUGAAUGACUUCUUAGACAUGUUCUCUGUGCUGAGUGAGAUGGCUCCACGGGACCUCAAGGCCUACUACGCAUUCAAAAUAUACGAUUUCAACAACGAUGACUUCAUCUGCAAGUCUGAUCUUGAGAAGACCCUGAACAAGCUGACACGUAACGAGCUGACAGAGGAGGAGGUGCGGAUGGUUUGUGAGAAGGUCUUGGAUGAGGCUGACCUGGACAAUGAUGGGAGGCUGUCUCUGGACGACUUCCAGCACAUGAUCCUCCGAGCACCCGAGUUUCUAAGCACCUUCCACAUCAGAAUAUAA